AUGGACAAGGGUGAACAGGGCAGUCAUGAAAAAAACCAUCAGCAUCCAUGCGGCAGGGCGAUCUCGACGGCCCCGGACAUCUUGAAGGCCACCUACGACACCAGCGUGCAUUUCACCUGGGGCUUGGCAUCGUUCAACUGCCUCCGAAGCUUCCCAUUCCAGGACGAUUGCCUUUACGAUCGCCUCUCGCAGCUGCUGUCGCAAUUGCCAGCUCGGCAGAGCGUCCCGCAAAAGUACCAGGUUUUGCUCGAGCAGUUCACGAUUGAGCGAGGGUAUGCGCAUGUGCUGCUGAACCCGUACAUAGUCAACGGCGUGGCCCGUGGCUGUACAUUGCAGUCUUUUGCGGAUUCCAGUCCCGAGUGGAAUGGUUGGAUGCUCCCGGUUCAGCAAGACGGAAGUCUGCUCCACAUCGCUUUCUAUGCUGGCGAUGUGGCAAGCUUUGCGGAGUCGUUUAUGAAGAAGACGGGCCUCAUGAAGAUGGGUCAAAAGCAGCUCCCCAUUGCUGCUGCUGGCCAAUGGAACAUGACAUUGGUGGAAGGCUGCUUCUUCAGGGAGCGGUUCACAAAGGAGUUUGUGGACCUCCUGAGCAGCUGUGGCAUCCGUCUUCAUGUCCUCAGCGCUCCUGUCUUGCGGAUGGACCAGCUGAAGCUUGCCACAGAGCUCGAGGGUGGCAACAGUCAGUGGUGGGCAAGUUUGCCACAGGAGGAGUCAAAGUUCCCAGGCAGUGUCUGGGUGACAGCAGAGGGGUUUUUCUACACGUUGGCCCGCAAGAUCUUCCCGACCUGCUCGAAAAGCUUCGUCACACCUGUGUACACCAUGCAGGCAGAAGUCCUCAAGAGCGACCUCUAUGAGUCCGAUGGUGACUUCAAAUUCACCCGCAAGAGGGAAGUGGGUGUUGGCUGGAUCGGCGAUACCUCUGUUGAUUGGGGCUUUGGCCUAGAUGGGUACACGUUUGUGCCUUGUUCGCAUGUAUGCCUUUCUGUGCAUGGAAGCCACCGCAACAUAGUCUGA